CAAAUUUGCUUGUUAUGCAAAGUUUUGCAUAGAAAAUUUGAGGAAUAAUUCAAACAAGAUCAAUUUGACGAUUGUUUAACAAAACAUGACAUAGUCAAACUUUUGAUCAAUUCCUAAUACAGCAAGUUUAAAAACGAGAUGAGAGAAGCAAAGCUUAAGGAUACACCAUAUGGGCUAUGGCCUCUAGAAAUGAAAAUGAUAAUCGUUCUCUUUUAUACUUGGAGAACUUGACACUCCCUUCGUUUCAAGUUGUGGUGAUAGAAGCAACUACUGGAUGUAAUGGUUGCCAAGAAAGAGUUUCCAGAAUUGUCUCAAAAAUGAUUGGGUUGACGGAGUACACAAUAGAUGUUCGCAAGAAUGAAGUAUCUGUGAAGGGAGAUUUCAUGGCACGUUGCGACUUCCAGUCUAAAUCAUUUAGAAGCAGGGCCCUGAAGAGUUCCACCGAUCAACCCAAGUCAUUGUUUGCCUGUUUAACUCAAUUUGACAAGCAUAAAUGUAACAAAAAGUAGAUCAAAAGCAGCUACAAGCUUCAAACUAUAAGGCUCACUUUGUUCUUUCUUUCUUGCAUACUACAAAACUAAACUAACCGCGUGAAAUCAAUAGAGGCUGCAAAACCAUAUUUGAAAACAGGCGGGUACGGGAACUAUAUGCAUAAGAUGAAAGGAAACAAUAAGUCAAUAUUUGCCAUUAUUUGAUUCA